GGCGAACACUUUUACGAUUGGCUGUCAGACUUUUUUUUUUUAUCAUUUACCAUCAGAACGAUGGGGGAGCCGAGACAAAAGGCCCGAAGCUUGAGAAACGUCUCGGCCCCCUUAAGACUCGGCCAACUUGAGACUCUUAGCAACAGUUUGACUUUGGUGAUAUAGAAAGCCGAAUGUUACGGAGUAGAAUCAUACUAGGUACUAAGGACAAGGAACUUCAAAGACAACCCAUCAAGGAAAAUCCAAAUUAUGGACGCGUUAUCACUGUCUGCAGAACGCAUAAAAAAGUAAAGAACGAUGUGAAGAAUCCAAUUAAAAGGAGACGCAUCUACUUCAGCUGUAGAACAGGUGCGGAGUAUAAGGAAACAAAGGACCCAAAGUGACAAGAGAUGUAGACAGUGCGGACAUAGAGCUCCCCAAGAGCGAAAGGAAAAGCUUGAAAUGUGGAAAAUUUUGCCACUUUGCAAGAAUGUGUAAGACGGCGGUAAAGACGACAAACUAGGAUAGGCGAUAAUUUUGGCAGCCGGACAAGAAACAAGAAAGCUGUUAAAGGGGUUGAAUUCGAAGAAGGUUCAUGGGUACUCCAGAAGAGAGCGACUAUUGCUUCAGUGCGCGUCGAGUAAACUCCCAAUCCACAGUUCCCCAGUCUGAUUUUUUUAGAUAAACUGCGGAGGACGCCGAUAGCCAGAAUAGAUUCAGGCACUGAUUGCUGUAUAAUUGCUUAUCAUGAACCCAAAAGUUUUCAUCAAAUGAUGCAGCACUGCUCCGCAAGUCACCAAGGAUUUUUCGGCGACCAAGUGCAGGCAAUAGGCAGUAUCAAAUGAAGCUCAGUUAUCGGGAAGCCACAGCAGAAUCAGAAUUCUUCAUGGUAAGAGAAACCAUUUCUUUUUCGUUAAGCGGUAAAGCUUCUGAAGAGUUAAAGUUGGUUAGGCGAUUUUACUCGGUUGGAAAUAACCUCGACGAUAUGCUCAGGAAAUUCCAAGAUGUCUUUCAACGUGUAGGCGCAAUAAGAGACGUUGUGUAUUCCAUGGAAAUCAAGCCUGGAAGUAUGAGUGUUGUAAAGGCAGCAAGAACCAUUCCUAUCGUGCUGAAGCAAUCGGUAAAGCGCAAACUGGGCAGAAUGACGCGGGAUCGAAUAAUUGAAAAAGUAACUGAACCCAGUAAUUGGGCCAGUUACUUGGUAUAGUCGUCCAAAAAGGCGGUAUGAUUAAUAUCUACCUGGACCCCCAGGAACCGAGUAAGGUACCGCUACGCGAGCACUAGCCAAUGACGCUACCGCAUGAGCUUCAUGACGUAACUCACAAGCUCAGUGGAGCAAGGUACUUCUGGAAACCUGAUGCUGCCCAGGGAUUUUGACAAGUGAAAUUAGACCGCAACAGCUCUGUGCUUUCUGUCAUGAACACGCCGUCUGGCUUUACAUUUUUGCGUAUGCGCUUCAGCAUUUGUACGGCGCUGAAGUGUUUCAACGAAACAUGCGCGAAACGUUCGAAGACGAUAAAAUCGUUGUGGCUGUCAUGGAAGAUAUACUGAUCAGGGGCGCGCAUGAUACCGAGCACUAUGAAAACCUCCGAAGAGGUCUACAUGCUUGCCGCCUUCGAAAUCGGAGAGGAUGAUCAGUGACGAAACCAAAAUAACAAGAAAAAAAAAAAAAGCAACAACAACAAUAACAAGAAACCAGAAAAUUAGUGUGCUGUCUCGGCCUGCCUUUGGUCACGCGUCCGCGCUUAUCAUAGUCUGAUCAUCUAUCGCGGCCUGGCUGCGAUAAAACAUCUGGCACCCAAGUACCUGCGCUUCACACAAACACCGGAGGAGAAGCUGGCCGUGAAACGUGGGUUCUACGACGUUGCAGGCCUGCCUGGAUGCCUUGGUGCAGUCGACGGCACAGCGGUCGCAAUCAUAGCACCCAGCACCAAGGAUCCACGUUUCACUGAUGGCAAUUAUUACAGCCACAAGGGGUACCAUGCACUGAACGUGCUGGGGAUUUGCGAUGCACGCUAUCCGUGGAGCUGUCACGACGCUGCUGUCUGGUCAAUGUUCAGGAUACGGCAGAGGGCUUCAGUCCUGUUCGACGGUGGAGAGUGGCUGCUGGCGCAGCAGUGGCGAUCCACCACGCUUACCGUCGAACAAAGGGUGCUCAUGGCACUGCGUUUCUACGGGACCGGGGCCUUUCUUGGUAAUAUAGCUCAUGAAGAAUAUUUCACCACGACCAAGGGCCCUGUCUCGGAGUCUCUACACGCCGUCAGCCUGGCUGUGAUAAAACAUCUCGCACCCAAGUACCUGCGCUUCCCACAAACACCGGAGGAGAAGCUGGCCGUGAAACGUGGGUUCUACGACGUUGCAGGCCUGCCUGGAUGCCUAGGUGCAGUCGACGGCACAGCGGUCGCAAUCAUAGCACCCAGCACCAAGGAUCCACGUUUCACUGAUGGCAAUUAUUACAGCCACAAGGGGUACCAUGCACUAAACGUGCUGGGGAUUUGCGAUGCUAAUCGCAGAAUCCUCCACCUAAAUGCACGCUAUCCGGGGAGCUGUCACGACGCUGCUGUCUGGUCAAUGUGCAGGAUACGGCAGAGGGCUUCAGUCCUGUUCGACGAUGGGGAGUGGCUGCUCGGAGAUCUUGGCUACCCCCUUGAGCCAUGGUUGAUGACUCCAUUCCGGGCUCCGGCAUCAGACAAAGAAGUGGCAUAUAAUGCAGCUCACAGCAGGACUAGGGUUCGAAUCGAGCAAUGCUUCGGAUUGCUGAAAAUGCGAUUCCGGUGCCUGCAAAGGUACCGCACCCUUCACUUUGCACCAGACAGAGCCUGCAAUAUCAUCACUGCUUGUGCUGUGCUACACAAUAUGUGCAUUUCAUACAAUUUGCCUGAGCAUGCAGAGGAUCCUGAACCGGCAGCUACAGAACAUGACAGUGCCACAGUUACAGUGACUGAGGACGAACCCAGCGAGGAGGGUGAACCAAUCAGUCGAAAUGACUCCUUCAUAUCACAGGCAAUGCGUGUACGUGAGACAAUUGUCAACAGGUACUUCUAGCAGCCUGUCAAGAAAUGUAUAUACAUCAUCACAACUGCUUUGUCGUUUGUGCAUCACCUGUAAUUGUUAGUGUGUGCUUUGAGAGCAGUAAGUCUUUUUUCACACUUUACAGCCUCUCCAUUUUCGUUUGAUUUUCGCAACUAUGGUUGUCACAAAAAGUUAGAAAGUCUUCUGUUUGUUUCGCUAACAUGCCGUUCAACUGUGUUCAUGCUAGGGUGGGCAGAUGGUUGUUGAGCCACCUUGUGUUUUGUUUUUGCACCUACUGUUAUGUAUGUCAGUAUGUUAUGCCAUUACUUUGUUGCGUUGGGUCCAUGUUUAACUUUGCAGUUGUACACUUUAGCUAUCAGUAUGCAUUGUGAAUUUUGUUGCAUCAUUUCAGCCACGGUAGCACCUCAUCUCAGUUCGAGUUGGAUAGCCUUGCAUACCAAACUACUCAGUUUUGACUUCAGUUCACAGCUCUAUACAUUGCAUGUUUAUUUCUCUAUUUACAUUAAAUUAAUGUAUUAUGUCAUUGGACAGAUCAGGGUGUGAGUAACUGUGCACAACAAGCCAGGACCCAGGAAAAGGUCUAUGUUAAAGAAAUAUGCUGUAAUUGUGUGGAAGUCAAUCAGUGAAAUAGCAAAAGCAGAAUGGUAUUGAUAAAUAUGUUUACUUCUCAAAGCUGUGCCACCUCAUUGAUGAGCAUGCAAACGGUUUGGUCCACAACAAGGACUGGCACCCUCCUGCAGCUGGGGCGACAUUCUUGUGGUUUCAGCACCUGAGGAUCCUUGUGCAGGGGUUUGCGGUCUAGUAACAUUUGUCACUGAUGCGUUGGCCCAGCAGAUUCCUGGAACCUAUAUUUUAUCAAUUUCGUCUUGGUCUUCAUAUGUCGCUUUCUCUGCACCGUGGUUUCAGGGAGAUCUUCACCUAGGAUGUCCUGUGUGGGCCGAGGAUAGGUCUGCAAAACAGCACUGUGUUACAUAAUGUGACAUGGUUGAUGUAAAUCUGUUGUAAAUGGGUAGCACAUGUAUAGCAUCACAGAUGUGCGAGUCGACAUUGUCGAUUCUUGUUCAGUUUCUCUAUUUAAAUACAAAUAAAAAUGUACAAUGAGCACUGAGUUGGUACCAA